CCCCCGGGAGCCGCAGCCAUGGCUCACUCCCGUGCCAACGGCUCGCACUACGCCCUGACGGCCAUCGGGCUGGGCAUGCUGGUGCUGGGCAUCGUCAUGGCCGUCUGGAACCUGGUGCCCGGCUUCGGCUCCCCGGACAAGCCCUCCGCCCCCGCCGGCAACAGCAGCAAGCCCGAGCGCGGCACCGGCGCCGUGCUCAAGAGCAAGACCUUCUCGGUGGCCUACGUGCUGGUGGGGGCGGGGGUGCUGCUGCUGCUGCUCUCCAUCUGCCUCAACCUCCGCGACAAGAAGAGGCAGAGCCAGGAGGAGAUGGUCCACGUGCGGCGCCAGGUGUCCGUGGAGCCCUCCCAGCAGGAGGAGAGCCAAGAGGAGGAUGAGGACACAGCUUCCCAGUACUACGUGCCCAGCUACGAGGAGGUGAUGAACGCAGGCUACUCGGAGCCCAGGGACUCGGACAGGAGCCGCAGGCUCAGCGUUUCGCUGCCCUCCUACGAGUCGCUGGCGGGGCCGGAGGAGGGCGGGCAGGGCGCCGGGGCCGCGGGCGCGGAGCCGGGCGCGGAGCGGCAGCCCGGGCGGCACGGCUCCCGCCCCAGCAAGCGCCUCAAGCCCCUCAAGGUGCGCAGGAUCAAGUCGGAGAAGCUGCACCUGAAGGACAUCAGGCUGAACAUCGCUCAAGGCAACAGCACCGCUCCCAUCACCAUCGAGCCCUUGACCCCCCCGCCCAAGUACGAGGAGAUCCAGGACAAAGUGCCGGGCAGCCAGCACAUGACUUAAGGAGAGGAGAGGAGGCUGUGAUGCUGCUGG